AUGGACACUGGUGUUAUCGAAGGAGGUUUAAAUGUCACACUUACUAUUCGCCUACUUAUGCAUGGGAAGGUACUUGCUUUUCCUCAUCUUGGUUGCGUCAGACUGAAACUAGGUCACAGUAAAUGCCUUGGAAAACCCAGUUGUCUGAUCAAAUUAAAACAUCAGUUUGCUCUUGGCGUACCAUGUUCUUUGUAGUAGAGCGCUCAGUUAACCCCAGUGGAGAAUAUAAUAUUGUAAUACGUUGGUUGGGUGUGUCUUGGAAAAGCAACCAAGCUGCCUCCUUAAAAUAUAUUUAAUUAGAGAUUUACAAUAUUUUGUUCAAUCAAAUAUAAAGCUGCCCUGAGCACCAUCUAGUAGGGAUGCUACAUUCAACUUUUAAAUGUCCAAAUUUGCACUGUUAGUUAUGCAGAUGAAGGCUUGUUUGUACGUAGAGGGUGGGUAUAAGCCGAAUAUUGUCUAUACACUGAAGGGUGGGCUUAUAUUGGACUGUCAGAAUGAUUGAGAACUACAUAUUUCUUAUGUUUGCUGUUUCAGGAGGUUGGAAGCAUCAUUGGGAAGGUGAGUGGUCCAGUGUAAUUAUUAUAUUCUUUCCUUAAUUCAGAUUAGUGACACUAAUAACCAGUUUCUCUUUCUUCUGUGUGUUUGUGUGUAGAAAGGAGAAUCUGUAAAGAAGAUGCGUGAAGAGGUAGGUUCUUGGGGAUAAGAGCAGUGAAAACAAAUCAAGGGAAAGUUAAAUAUGGCAAUAAGGGGCUCCUCACCUGGUAGAAACAGUUUACUGAGGCGAUAGCAGUCAGUUUGAAAGAAAAGACGUUAUUCAUACCCAAUAUCUACUUGAACAUAGCAAUUUAUGACUUUCCAAAAAACCCAACCAGUCUUGAUGGGAAGGAGUGAUAGCUAUUUGUAUCUCAACUUCUGAAAGCUGUGUUUAUCAGUUUGGCAGUAUCUCUACUAGGUACUUCUGAUCUGCCUAAUGCACUAAAACCUGCAGCCUUAUCCUUUGCAUAUUUAUUUGGAGUAAAUCACAAUAAAUUGAUUGAGCCUUAAUUCCAAAAUAAGUGUGCAUAGGAUGGCUGUCUUACUAGAAAAUCAAACGGUGGUGGGAGGAAGAGACAGAGUUAGAAAGGGAAGUCUCCUUUGACCUGCCUUGCAGAGGGUUGGGCUGAAUGGCCCUUGGGGUCCCCUCCAACUCUGAUUCUAUAACUCCGUUCCCCUCCCCCCCUUUUAGAGUGGUGCUCGCAUUAACAUCUCAGAAGGGAACUGCCCAGAACGGAUUAUCACUCUUGCUGGACCCACUAAUGCAAUUUUCAAAGCAUUUGCUAUGAUCAUUGACAAACUGGAAGAGGUAUGUGACCCCCCCCCUUUUUAAGGGUUGAAUAAUGUGUGUUCCAUCUGCUGUUGUGUUGGAGGUGAUGAUAUGGACCCAUCGUUUCUGGCAGUAUUGAAUGUGGUUACCAUCUUUACUGCAAACAAUGAGAAAUACAAAUGGGCUUUAUUUACUCAUACACCACAUUUUGUGGAAACAUGGAAUUUCAAUUCUACACAGUGGACUCUAGGACUCCCUUGAGUAGAAAAUUUUGGAGCAUGGGGAUUAAUCUUGAUAAUUUGGUAGUAUAGCAAUGGAAUGGCUGUCUUGAUUAAAACAAUUUGAUCGUUGCUCAAUAAUAUAGAGAACUUCAUAUCUUAAAGCAUUUCUCCAAGUUCGGCAAAUAGUUCACUUUUUAUGUUGCUCAGUUACAAGUUUACUGCCAAAUUUGGACUGGUACAAUGUUCCAAAUUGCAAUUGGUUUUCAGUUGCCUUUCAAAUUAGUAGCUUGUUGAAGUCAUCAUUUACUUAGGAUCUUAUAUUUUUUGCAAAGUUCAUUCGCCCUGCUGUUUCAUUAGAACACUAUAGGAAUAAACAAAGAUUGAAGCAUAAGAUUGACUUUCUGGCAAGCUAAAAUAAGUCUAGCAAGAUAGGAAGGUACUUCUCUAGUGAUAUCUCUUAAAGCAAAAUGCCUGUUCACUUAACCGCAGCUGUAUGAUUUGUUGUAAGCUGUGCCUCUUUAAACUUUUGAAAUUCAGUGCUUGAGCAUUAGCAGAAUGUCAGUAACCCGAGAACACUUUUUGCUUCCCUACCUCCCCCACAAGGUUCGAGCUUCUGUCCUUGACUUGUGAAAGAUGGUGUCUUAUUGCUCCUGGCAUGGAGAUUUGCAGCUUGCUUAACAGAAUAGCUGUUGCAGCUAUUGAGUUUAGAUGCUUAGGCUGUGCUGUUUGUAAGGCUUACAUCAUAGCCAAUGUAUGAAAGAUACUGAAUAUAAGCUCUGGCACUAACAGAGGGUUUUUGUUUCUUGAGUGCCAGGCCUUCAUGAAUGUUGUGCAGGCUUGGCUCUACUGAACCAGUUUAGAGUUGACAUCUGGCUGCAGCAAUUUUUUCACUUUCUUACAGUGUAGAAUGAUGGACAGCCUCUGGGAUGCAGAGAGUAUCUACUCUGUGGAUUUUUGCUGGAUAGGAGCUUGCUUCUAGACACCCACAGUAUUCAUGGUUCAUGCUAUAAGAGAAAUCUCUGGAAAAGUACAUGGGGGAGUUAAUUAGCUAGCCCAAGGGCACCAUAAAGUAUAUCUCCUUAUUAAGAAUAUAACUAAGCUUAAGAAAAUUGUACAUGUUCCAGUUCAUGCUCCCAAGGUGGCUUAUUAACAAUUAAUGAGCAUGCUUUUUGCAUUCUACUCAUACUCCAUCAAGGAGUUUAUGGUGCAGGAAAAUUGAGUCAUCAGGAUAUUGUGGAAGAACAAGGUGAAUUAAGCAGUUUAGCCAUAUUUUAAAAUUUUUAUCAAUACAGCUUCUGCCUGUGACUAUAUGAGAACAGUUUCCUAAGCAGAAGCGGUUGUGAACCAGAGGUUGCCAGUGUUUUGGGGCCUGUGGGCACACUUGCAAACCGGAUAAACUGUUGUGGGCACUGUAUACCCAUCACAACCAAGCACACAUUGUGACCUAUUCUAUAGACUGCAAUAAAAUACUUCUUUCAAGCCUAAUUUCAAUGAGGGGAGGGGGCCUAGUGAGCAGCAGGGAAGGCUACUGUCGGCACAUGUGCAUUUGCAGGCAGUAUGUUGUGAACCCUGCUAUAAACAUAAGUGCUGCAUAGAUAACAAAUUGAUGGACUAUAAUGAUGGCACAAAUACUUGGACUCUUUGGUCCUCUAGAAAGUGUAUGCAUUGCUGGAACCUCACAUUUUUGGUAUCUUGGGCAUCUUCAUUUUGAAAUUUCAACCUCCAUUUGAAAUUUUGAUAGUUGAAGUUUGUUAACUUGUGCUUUCAGGACAUCAGCAGCUCAAUGACCAACAGCACGGCUUCUAGCAGGCCCCCCGUCACUCUGAGACUUGUGGUACCUGCCAGCCAAUGUGGCUCUCUCAUUGGAAAAGGAGGUUGCAAGAUCAAGGAGAUAAGAGAGGUGUGUACUUAGACUUGUGAAGUUUGCGUGUGUUACAAAAUGCUACUCGUUCCCCUUCACCAUGACCCCGCCCUGUGCCAAAUGUAUUGAGGUUGAAUGCCACACAUAGACUCUGCGUCAUCCUGCUUAAUACAGCCGCUUAUAUUUAGUGCUCAUGAAACUGAGACGAAGAGCGGCUGGAGCCAAGCGCAGUGGAGUCAGGUGCUUUUUGUAAGUUUGUGUUCCCCUUUUGGUCUCCCGUCCUUUAUCUCCAGGGUCAAUUUAUUGCCAGAUAAGCGGCAGACUAAGACCUUUAAAGAAGUUGAGUUAUAUGCAAGGCUGGCAUCUGGGAUUUGUAUUGACCACAUUACCUAAUCAGUCUCUUUCCAUCCCCCUUUCCAAAUUAAAUCCAUUGGUGCUAUGAAUGCGAAGACAUUGGAGUGUUAAUACUUCAGCUACUGUAUCAGCAUAGAAUAACUAUUAAUAUUCACCUUUGGGGGCCCAUUUAGAGCUUUUCCUCCAUGUAUCUUGGUUGUGCAAUAUUUCUCUCAAUUUGAGUCUUGGGAGAGACCUUAGUUCUAUUUGAUCGAAAACCCUCAUUUUAAAAACAAAUGGGUGCAUGGGUUGAAACAUUUCAGAACAAUAAAUAUGUCUACAUGGCAUAUUAAGUGGUAUAGGCCAGGUUAAAACUUUACAUAACUGAAUCCUCAAAAAUAUAAGUUAGUCUCCAAAGCAUAGGAGAAGGCUACAUUUUCAUUAUGUGCUUCAGCCCAUCCAUGAGUGUUUAGGGUGGAAUAUAAUGAAUUCUGAUUUUUAUUGCCCAUUUCUGCCUCUUGCACCACUUUAAAAUUGAGCUAGCCUAGAAAUAGAGAUUUCCUUUUAGCUAUCCAUUUGCAGUUGGUUUCAAUUGUCUUGACUACGUACUCUGGGCAGAACGCCAUGUUGGCAAGCACUCCUACUUAACGUCAGCUGCAGGCCUACAGAUACCAAUUGCCAGUUCAGCAUUGCUGCUGUGGCAAAGUGUUAAACAUAGGUGAACUAUUGUCUCCUAAUGUUUGGCCCUGGUAUCACAAACCUACACUAACCUUUCCAUUUGAUUAGGAUUGUAUCCAUUAUGGAGUUUGCUUUCUCUGUUCCCAUCCUCCUCCGGUUAAGAGGAAAGAAGAAAGUUAUUUUUGGUUGGCUUUCCGUCUUGAAGCCCUUCCAUUAGUUCAUUUCCUGCCUCAACCAAGGGUGCAUGCCUCUCUCUUCUCCUGGAUAAUUCCCCCCAUAGCCUUUCUUUUCAGAUUUAUUCCAUUCCUAUAUCUUCCCUUUAUCUAAAGCUCCUUGUUCCUAAAUGCAAAAUUUGCCUUUAACUACUACUAUCUUUUCCCCACCUUUGUGGAAUAGAAAGUAAGCACUGUAGUGAUAGGACUUGUGGGAUUCUUUCCCUGUGGCUGUCAUACAGGAUUGAAUGAUCCUGUCUGACAAGUCCAGUCUUCAGUAAGAAUGGUGCCUGCAAAACCUUGUAUUUACCUCCUAGUUUAUUUAUGCAGCUUUGAGAGCAAUAAUAAUAAUAAUAAUAAAUUUUAUUUAUAUCCUGCCCUCCCCAGCCGAAGCCGGGCUCAGGGCGGCUAACAACAAUAAAACAAUACAAAAGUACAGCAUAAACAACACUCUAAAAUCAUUCAUUAUAAAAUUCAUUAAAAUUCAAUAAAUUUGUCCUCAUGAAAGCUGGACUUCAGGGGCUUAUUAAGAACACUGGAUAGUAUGCUGGAACAGAUCUUGUGAUUUCUGUAAUGUAGCCAUGCACUAACUUCUCACGACUAGUUCUAAAUCACUUUGGAGAAGAAGCUAAGUUAUUGCUAUUUGAUUGUGUCCUUCUGUGAGGCCACUAAACAUGAGGCUGGAAACCUGACUUGGUAUUUUUAAUCUUAAGAGCACGGGGGCACAGGUCCAGGUGGCUGGAGACAUGUUGCCCAACUCAACUGAGAGAGCGAUCACCAUUGCCGGGAUUCCACAGUCCAUCAUUGAGUGCGUCAAACAGAUCUGUGUGGUCAUGCUGGAGGUGAGUAAUGGUGGAGUGACCUGGUUUAUUUAAGAUGCGAGAUUAAAAUGAGUAAAUGCACACACAAUGCACAAAUAAACGAGAGAGGCUACAGAGGGAUUGUUGCUAAAAGCUUUUGAGACAAGCAGAAGAGAUUGUGGCCAGCUGCUUUCUAGAUUUGGAACAGUUGCUACAGAAUUCUUACACUGACAGCUGCCUCUCCCUAGUAGCGGUGUAGUUUUGGUUUUAAGUGAUGCGAAGGUCACUGGAUAUUUUCAAAGAAACCAUUGGUUCUUAGUGGGUUCCUGUCCACAGUAUUUCCUGGAAGAGAACCAUCAGAGCCAAGUCAGUAUAAAAGCAGUUUAGGCUGCCUGAAAGCAACACCUGCAGUACAACUGAAGGUGCACUUGGAGGUAUCAAUCCUUGAUCUAAUGUGAGCAGCUCACAAAAAGCUCAGAUUGGUGAUUACUUGAUGUAACAAAUAACUGCAGUCUGAUUCAACCCGAGACCCUACAAAGUGGUCUUGUGCAUGCCCCUCCUUUUGUUGUAGUGGCUUGACCUUCUGCCCACUUGCCCAUGACACCUCGGCGAAGCCUGCCUUGCACGUCUAGAACCACAGAUGUGAGAAACUUGUGAAGAAAUCGAAAUCAAUGCUUUGUGUCUCGGAUUUUGAUGACACUACUGCCUCCACAGCAGUGCCAGUCAAAUGAGGAAGACUGUGAAGUGGGUAGCUCAUCUGUUCAGACAGCGAAUAAACUGACCCAUAUAGCUCUGUGACAGAUGCUUAACCAGAGUGUAUAAUUAACCAUGUUUUUCCUCUUACUCUUUUAUAAUCUAGUCUCCCCCAAAGGGUGUCACCAUCCCCUACCGACCCAAGCCAUCCAGUUCUCCUGUCAUCUUUGCAGGCGGUCAGGUAAGGACAUUCCUCUUGUUGGGCAUGGGUUGGGGGCAAUAAUAUAGUAGCCUACCAAGCUUCAACACUGCCAGCACACAUCAAACCACUCUGCAUGCUUUAUCACCUGUGCUGCCCAUCUGGCCAGCAUAGUGCUACCUCUGCUGCUUUGGUUUUGUUCUUUGGAGGCUGCUUUCAAAUGUUCAACAGGCUCUGAGGUCCUUUGGGAAUCGUAGUCAGCAGUGUGGGUUGGGGGAGUUAGCUGGAAUUUGAAAUCUGCUUCAGACGUAAGACCACAAGUCAGCCCACAAUUUUUUCUGGCCUUCAAUUUAAGACAGUGUUCAAAUUAGUGGCUGAUUGCAGUAGGCUUUGAAUUAUUCUGAACAGUUGUUCUAAAGCAGCAGGGGCUGAAUAACGAGAAGGACAGGUGUUGGGAGAACUGGAACCUAGAGGAUUGGGAAUGUGAGGUGGAGAUAUGGCUGAUAAUCCUAUGAUACUGAAUCCAAAAUUCAGAACAUUCUGGAAUUACUUCCUUUUACUAGAUGGUAAUGACUUAAGGAUGAUUUAAAUGCUGAUUGUUAACUAAAAUUUGGGGAGGACACAUUAAAGAGAUGCCAAAUAAUACUGGAUCUGACUCGCUUCCCAGUGCUAUUAUGUAAUUGCUUCCAGUACACAGAAAGGUUGGAUACAGAUGUGUUAAAUUUUUGGUAAAACAGCGCAUUGUUGUGGCCAUUGCAGGAUGGGACUUCAGUCUCUCAGCUUGCUGGAAUCCUGUUACCGUUACCAUGGAUUUCAUUGAAACGUGUGCUUGAGUGGGCUGUGCAAGUUCAGAUAGAUCCUACAAGGCAUUUUAAAGUUGUAGCUGGACUUGCAGAUACUUGCAACUGUUUUAGGCAGAUAGAUCUCACGUGAGGUUGAGGCAUGAGAGUUUGAGAAGCUAAAGCCUCUCAGAACUUCAUGCCCAGAAAAGACUUCUGCAUAAGUAUGUGGAGUGGAGUCGGAACACUCUGGGGACUUUGUCAUUGGACUGCUUUUGAGCACAGUGCCUCAAUGCCCACCUGUAUUAUUUUUUAAAAGAAGGCUAUACCAACAGUGCAGAAGCUUCAAAGUGAGUUUGGUGGGGUGAACUAAGCAAAUAUUUGCAAGCCUGUCUAAGAGCCUUUUUGGCUAACGGGUGGGGUAUAAUUGCUGUAAAUGCUGGCUGUGAAAGUGAAAAAUGGCAGAGCAGAGUGUUAAUGGAUAGUUUCAGUCAGUAAUAGAAAUUUAGAGGCAGCACCUGGACAGGGCUGGCUGUAGUUCACCCAGUGCUUAUACAUUCACAUGCCACUUAUAUUGGGCUAUCUGGCUGAUACCUCUUGCUGGGGGAAAGGUGCUGUCGUGCUCUUGUUCUUGCCUCAAUCCCUUCCCUUUUCUUUCCUGCCCCAUUCAUAUUACCUACCCUCCCAGAGGCUCUUGACAGCUUGCUAGGCAGUUAAUUGGCAGUGGAAAGGCACAUGGGAGGUUACUGAAGAUAUAGUGGCAGAACCUCACUUGCAUCCUGAGGUUGGUCUUGUGGCAGGUUAGUCCUGUUAUGCCUUUAGAGAGCAAGACUCCUUUUGCCUGUGCAGGCCCCCCUGCCCUUGAAGGUGCCGGCAGUUGGGAAAUCUCGCAUUGUCUGGUGCUACUGAUGUGACAUGAGUUGGAGUAAGCCAGCGUCUGUCUUUAGUACAGGUUAGCCCUUGAUCAGAGUAAGUUUUAUAUGACUUUGGUGUUGGCGAAAGGUUUUGGAUUGACAGCCCUGGAGACUGAAGUCCUCUAUUUAUCCACAGGACAGGUACAGCAGCGGCAGUGCAAGCUACCCCCACACCGCCCCAUCAAUGUGCCUCAACUCUGACCUGGAGGGACCACCUCAAGAGGUGAGAGGGGAGUUCAGUCUCCAUGGCCCAUUCAAUCCUUGGCCUCUUUGAGACUGCCAACAAGGGUGGCAAGACUGGUGGUGGCGGCUUGUGCUGUGAACUCCUGUUCAUUGGGAACUGGAUUAAGGCCACCAAACACUACCUGGCAGGCCAGUAGUCAGCCCUGCAGGUGGUAACUGCUUCGUCAAUUCCAACCUGGGCUGCACUCCCCCCCGCCCCUGGCCUGCAGGUGAGAGACUUGUGCCCUCAAAGCCUCACUUAGUGUUAAGCAAGUCCCCAUGCAGUGAGUGCCUUGCUGGGUCACUUCAGUAGGCUAAUCCCCAGAACCAUCAUGUUUGGCUGCUUCUCUCUCCCUAUUCUUCCAGAUGCAUUUCUGCCAUCCAGCACCUGACUGUAGAUUGUCCACUGCAGGUUCCUAGGCGUGUGGAUUGAUGGGGUGACUUAGUGGGGUGGGGAUGAACACCCAGCUGGUUCCUCUUAGCUUUAAAAGCAGUUGGAGGCAUAGGAGGUCUGGUUUGGAGUAUGCCUAGGGCAGGAGGGCUUGUAGCACUGUCCAAUCCUCCACUACACAACAAAUCUUCACCAACAACCAGCUGCUAAUACUAUAAUCCUUUUUGUGGUGGGGACCAGUUUCCCUUCUCACACUACGCACACUAGCAAAUUCAAGCAGCCCCCUUAAGAGAACUGCCUGCCUUCAGGCUCCCCACCAACAAUUCUCCCCCCUCAGCUCUCUGGCUUCCUGGCUAGUUGAAAUCUGUCUGUCACUGGGUGGCUGUCCAAUGGUUUUUAAUAGGACUGUUUUCCUCCUUUUUGUAGGCCUAUACCAUUCAAGGACAGUAUGCCAUUCCACAGCCAGAUGUAAGUUUUGUUUACACUUCUUGUCUUGAAAUCACCCCACUUCUCCCUUCAAAAUUUCUCCAUGCUUUCUCAACAAGCAGCUUUAGAAGUCUGUUUUGAUUUGAAGCUGAAAUCUGACCAAAAACGAUCCUCAAAUUUUGUUCAGCACUUCUUUGUGUAGCCAAUCUUAAUCUGUCCUUUUUCUGCCAGCCUGUGACACACUUGCACAGCAAAGCUUGGUACACUUUUCCAAGUUUCAGUUCCCCUCUUCCCUCCCAAUUUGAUGUAAAGCCCCCCAAACAAACAAAACAAAACUCCAUGGUAUACUGUCAUUGUGGUUCUUGGUACAGGGCAUAGGGCAUCUUGGUGUAGUGCACUUCACCGUGGUGGUGGAGGAGAGGCUGGCCUCAGACUUCUGCUUUGCUUUUGUCUCCAAACAUGAUACUCUGCAUCAUGUAUAGUCACUGUGCAGGUGUGGCUAGGAGGUGGUGGGGCUUUUGCUUGGGGUGCCUUUCCUUGGCACGCUUUCUUCUAAUAAAGCCAUUAGCUAUCUUUGCUUGAUGUAAAAGGAUGUUUUUCCUUCUUUACCCAAACCUUCUGGUAUUUGAGCUAGAUGCAGCACUUGCAGCUUCUCAGUGAAAGAUACAUAGGGAUUUGAUCUCUGCUCAUAGCAUGUUUAGAACAGGCAAGGGUGGGGCUGGGGUAAGUAGGUGUAGGGGAGAGAGCUAGAAAACUGCACUGUUUAAUACUGGGGAGAGCAUCUGACUCCAUUCUGGUCACUCCUCAUGAUAUACCUCUCCCCUCCAAAUGCUUGACAGAGUCCUGCAUGGUGUAGUCCCAAGCACCACUGCAAACCAGCCUCUGUGUUACUUUGCCUGUUCGUGCUUGUCUCCUAGUGUUCGUCACAAUUCACUGCAGAUGCCUUCUGUUGAGCCAGGGGACUCUUGAGAUGGGUGUUGGCCUCACGCCCCAUGGUGCUUUCCUUCUGUCUGCACCCAUCUCUGCUCAGGGAAGCGCUUGCACCUUAACCCAGUUUUCCCUCUCCCGAACUCCUGCCCCAAGGGGCAGCACCUCAUGCUCAGCUUGCAGUGUCUGUUUUCCUUUAAAUUGUAUGCUAAGCAAGUAAGCCUCCGAAUUUCCUAACAUCCGUCUUUCUCUCUUCCUUUCUAGCUGACCAAGCUGCACCAGUUGGCAAUGCAACAGUCACACUUUCCAAUGUCUCAUGGCAACACUGGAUUCAGUGGUAUGAAAACUCCUCCUUUCUUGUAGAAGCUACCAGUCCAAGAGUCUUUCUUCACUUGGCCUUUAGUGCAGAUGCUUGGCUUAAGCGCCAUUAUUUUACUUAUAUAUAUAUAUAUUAAAAAAUCCACAGGUAACCAUGUUGGGGUGAGGGUGGAUUUCGCUGCCCUGAAAUGAGAUCAGAUUGCUUAUUAGGUAGAGUCUUCAUGUUGCUUUCCUUCCCUCACCCUUUCAACAGCUUUGCCAGUUACCUCUUGCCUUCCAGCUGCUGCGAUCCUGACACUAGUGCCAAAUUGUGUAAUAGUUUGUCUUGUGGCUGAAAGCCUGAUAGGGCUUCAGCUAGGACCAUCACACUUACUGUCCCUUGUAUCUUGACAGGCGUUGAAUCCAGCUCUCCAGAUGUGAAAGGCUAUUGGGGUAAUGACUGAAAAAAACAAACAAACCUGUAGUUAACUCUAUUGUGUGUUAAUACUGGUGGGAGAUUCUUUCCCAGGCAGCAAAUUCUGCUAACCCAUAUAGUACAAAGGAACUGCAAAGUAGUGUUAGGUGCAAAGGCCAGGCUUAUUAAACCUUCCUUCUCUUGCGAAGAAAUCUAGCUGGAAACUGUUGGAGAGCAGGGCAUAAUAGAAUGAAUGAAGUGUCUUAUUUCUCAUUUAGUAACCAGUUCGUUUGCUUGUGAAGGUGGUAGGUCAACCACAAGUGUUUCUAUAAACAGCUACACUGGACCAAUAAAACUAAAGGUUGGACCAUGCUUUUUGUGGCAUUACCCUUUCUCCAUUUUGGUCAAUGCAAAUGUGUUCCUCCACUUCUUGCGAUGUUUUUGAAGCAAGAACAACAUUGACAUACAACUAUAAGGCACAAAUGGGAAGAUGAGAAUGCAUGUUUGUUUGGGGGUCUGUCUUUGCUACAGCUUUGUAGGACUCUGUAAAAAGGUCAUCCUGGCUCAUUUGUUCUUUAUUUGAACAGAGUCACUACUUCACCCCCCACCCUGGCCGAAUAAAAACCAUUCUGUUGGUGCUUGCCUUAUAGCCAGAGGGUAGAGUUUACUAUUGUGCUGUGGCGUAUAUCGCAGCAGAGCGAUCAUUGCAACUUUUAAGACAGAAUGAUCUCCCCUCUCCCCAUGCAUUGCUCUGGGGGUUAUUCCCACCCCUGUGGCCAAUUUCAGGGGUAUAUGCAGAUGAGGGGGGAGAAGCCCCAUUGCUCAAGGGGAAUCCCUUGUGCAUGGCUUGUGCUGACGGGGCUCGUUAGGUGAAACCUGCCAAUUGAUUUUAACCCUGGUGCUUAGGAAGAGGGGCUUGGAUUUAACAUCUUGCAUCUCGCUCUUCUCCUGUUUGAGAAACUCUUCAGGUUAGCAGUUUUUCCUGCUGCAAAUGCUAGCCUGACCGGUCUGGCCUCUGUUCAGUGCCCGCCCCCCUUGCAGGGCCUUUCAUUAAACUGGUCUCGAUCUCUUUUGUGUCUCAGCAGGUUUGGAUGCAUCAGCUCAAACUACUUCUCAUGAACUCACCAUUCCAAAUGAUGUAAGUAUUUUUCAGAGAUGCAGAAUUCUAGGAAAUGGUGGCUUGCAGAUGGGAUAGAGCUGCAACUUUCAGAUGGGCCCAGGCUCCGGCGCUGCUUCCAAGAGUCCUGCGGCAAGGAGUUACAGCACUGUUCCUGUCCUACGCUCUGGACAGCUGCCCUCCACGUGGAGGGACACAAAGCAGAGUUCACAGCACUGCUACACUUGGCAAGGAAAAGGCAAUUGGACUGUAAUACCAUAAUGGGGACACCCAGGCUACUGCCUCUUCUGUUUUGAAGGAAGCUCUUGGGUUAAGAUUCCUGACUGUAACCUGAAAUGAGAGAGAACUUUUGUACUUUCUCAUUGCAGUUGCACAGGUUAAUUGAAACAGGUGGAGGGAUGCAGGAUGUGCAGCCCAUCACAGGGCGCCAUGUGGAUUCUUGUGUGGUGAAAUCUUGAGCAUACAAAUACAUAGAAAACUGGGUGCAACAAAAUCUGAUGCAGCUGGCAGCAGUGCAUGGGCCUCUCUGUGCUCUUGGGAGAGCAUCGCAGAUGAGAACAAUUGAGACAAUACAAUGGUCUGUUAGAUUUUUGCAGGCAGUUUCACGGGGUUACUUCAGGCCACCACAGAAGUAUAGAAUCAUAGAGUUGGAAGAGACCACAAGGGCCAUCGAGUCCAACCCCCUGCCAAGCAGGAAACACCAUCAGAGCACUCCUGACAUAUGGUUGUCAAGCCUCUGCUUAAAGACCUCCAAAGAAGGAGACUCCACCACACUCCUUGGCAGCAAAUUCCACUGUCGAACAGCUCUUACUGUCAGGAAGUUCUUCCUAAUGUUUAGGUGGAAUCUUCUUUCUUGUAGUUUGGAUCCAUUGCUCCGUGUCCGCUUCUCUGGAGCAGCAGAAAACAACCUUUCUCCCUCCUCUAUGUGUCAUCCUUUUAUAUAUUUGAACAUGGCUAUCAUAUCACCCCUUAACCUCCUCUUCUCCAGGCUAAACAUGCCCAGCUCCCUUAGCUGUUCCUCAUAAGGCAUCGUUUCCAGGCCUUUGACCAUUUUGGUUGCCCUCCUCUGGACAUGUUCCAGUUUGUCAGUGUCCUCCUUGAACUGUGGUGCCCAGAACUGGACACAGUACUUCAGGUGAGGUCUGACCAGAGCAGAAUACAGUGGCACUAUUACUUCCCUUGAUCUAGAUGCUAUACUCCUAUUGAUGCAGCCCAGAAUUGCAUUGGCUUUUUUAGCUGCCGCGUCACACUGUUGGCUCGUGUCAAGUUUGUGGUCAACCAAGACUCCUAGAUCCUUUUCACAUGUACUGCUCUCAAGCCAGGUGUCACCCAUCUUGUAUUUGUGCCUCUCAUUUUUUUUGCCCAAGUGCAAUACUUUACAUUUCUCCCUGUUAAAAUUCAUCUUGUUUGUUUUUGCCCAGUUCUCUAAUCUGUCAAGGAAGUAGCCCAAGAAAAGGCUCGAGUGCCUAUUUGGACCUUAGUGAAUUUGUGCUCUGUUUGCACAGAUUUACUUUAUGGGUGGUUAUACCACCAAGCUUUGUUUACCAACAAGGUAUUAGGUUCUGUUCUCUGGGUAAUAUUGUUACGGCAGUCUGUAGAGCAGAAGGUAGUCUGGUAGUCUAGCGACUGCUGGGAGUAUUGUGAAGCAUGUAAGAUUUCGCUUUCUCUAAAAAGAGACUUCCAUUUUAACAAAAUUGCAUUUUAUAUAUUUGUUAAAUUUGUAAGCCACCCUAUACCUGUAGAUUUCAGGGUGGUUCACCACAUAAAAUUACAAUAUAAAAAACACAAAAUACAUAAUAAAAAAUAAGAACAAAGCAAAUCAAUAAUCCUUCCUCUCACAAGGGAAGGAGGAGUGUUUUCACCUGGUGCCCAAAUGUGUAUAAUGUGUUUGAUGUGUAUAAUGAAGGCACCAGCCAAACCUCUGGGGAAGCAUUCCCCAAACGGAGCCACUGCAGAAAAGGCCUGUUCUUUUGUUGCCACCCUCUGGAUCUCUCUUUGAGGAGACACAUGAAGAAGGGCCUCAGGAGGAUGUCUGGGUCCGAGUAGGUUCAUAUGGAAGGAGAUAUGUACUUGGAAUUAAGACUUUAAAGAGAUCCUGAGUAUAGAUUUGACUUCUAAAAUUUAGGUAUUUGUGGAUGACUGGGAAUUCUAGUAAAGAAAAAAGAAUGCUAUAGGGAACAGUCUUAAUAGGUGAACUUCAGAUCCAGAAAAGGGACUUUCACGAGUUGUUCCUAUAACAAACAAAAGUUGGAGAAGUCAAGACAAACUUGAUCUUAGACAGGCAACUGAAUUUUUAUUAGAGUUUUAAGUUCGAUUCCCCUCCACAUUUUUAGGUACUGUGGAGAUAAAAUGUUUCCUAAGCAUAAAGGGAACUUGACCAGACUGAUGAUUCUUUUCUUGGUCUGCAGUCAUGAUUUUGGAUGGUCUCUCAGAUUUCAUCUAAAAUGAGUGUUUUCACCUUUUCCAGAGCAAGCGGACUGACAAAUUCAGAUUGGCCACAAAUAAUAGUAUCCAGAGUGUCUUAGUGGUGCAAAGCUUGUUUUCAGUAUGCUCGCAUGUUUUCAGUACAGCUGCAUCAAAGAUAGAGAAAGAACAAUUGCAGUAGAAGCCUUUCAAUCUGCCUUUCAUUCAGAGUCUAAUGUGUGGAAAUCUUGAGGUUCACAGAGAACAAGCAUGUGAGCAUAGUGUCUGCAAUAUGAGAGAAUAUAUAAAGAGUUGUCUGAAUAGUUCAUCAGUACAAAUGACUCUUGCAUAGAUUGGCACACAGAUACUAUGUUUCUUUGGAAAUAACCUGAAGUAUCAUUCUUGAGUUAACAAAUGUUUACCUGAUAGCAAAAGCACAGAAGUAGGCAUAUGCUCAUCAGAUAAUGAGUUGGAAUUUAACUAGCUUCCCAGAGGUUAGGCCUGUACUUGACCUGAAAAGAGAAUAGCAGGACAAAAUGAUUAUUUUGGAAUCCUAAGCUCCAUUUUGACCAUUAUCAACUUUUGUUUCUCAGCUGAUUGGAUGCAUCAUUGGGCGUCAGGGCGCCAAGAUCAAUGAGAUUCGCCAGAUGUCUGGGGCGCAGAUCAAAAUUGCCAAUCCAGUGGAAGGAUCUACUGACAGGCAGGUUACCAUAACUGGAUCUGCAGCCAGCAUUAGCCUGGCUCAAUAUCUAAUUAAUGUCAGGUAAGUCUAUUCAAAUGGCGUGCUGCUUGGUAAUGCAUGUAUGAGUUGGCAGAACUGGGGAACGUGAAAGAUGACUAAAAUCAGGGCAACAUUUUGAAAAAGGCUGUUUCUCUGAGCUGAAAUAGAACAAAACCACCUUUUUUCUUCCCACUUCCCUGGUGCAAAAGCAGCUUGUGCACCAGACCUAUCCAUUGACCUUCUAGUAGUUGGUAUGGAGGAAGGAGAAUAGAAAUAAAUGGGAUAUGCAACACUCAUUCCUUGACAGCGCUUAGGCUUUUUACUAGAAUAUUUCUGGUUUGUGACAGAGCCAACCAAUAUUGCUUCUUGAAAGUCCUGUGUCUACAACAAGGUAGACUAAAUUGGAGUCUUGCUGCUAAGCUGAGCCUGUACAAAAAUAAGAUGCUUAACUGUUCCUUUAAAAAAACCAGAUACAGCUGGUGCCUUUUUUGAGAUCUGGAAGCUAUGCAGCCCAGUUUACUGUAGUUAAUAGAGGAAAGGGAAGAAUUGGGACUGCCCCAGGGGUGGAGCUUUCUGCACUGCAAAGGCUGCAGCAGCUCCCUUUCUCCCUGAGUACUCUUGCUAGCAGCAAAACCCUCAGCUCCGGGCUGCAGCAGUUCUCUGCAGCAAACAGUGGCUGCUCCUUGGGCCCUGUCCUUAAAAAGCCUACUUGGCAAGAGGCCCUCUGCAGCAUUUGAGCAGAUCAGAUGAUCUCAUAAGGCAAAAGUGAAAGCAUCAGCUUAAUGGAGAGCAUUGACUUCAAUAAUUAAAAACCCAGACAGGAGCAGCUGGCAUUUCAUGUCCUAGAUUUCUUCCCUCUCUUUCCAACAUAGCUAAAGUGUUCAUUGCAGAAUGACAGGUCAAUGAUUAGAAUCUAUGGGUUAGCUUCUGGCUCCAAUGCCUUCCUUCUGUAAUGUAGCAAAGUUAGGCUUGCCUGUGAGCUUUCAGCUCUCUAAACUGCCCAUGAAUGAGUUAAUGUAUUGCAGGGGGCUGGAUUAGAUGACCCCUUGGCUAAUAGCAAAACACAACAUCUGUACAAGUAGGUGCUCUCCCAAAUACGUAUCUGCUAUGAUUUUUAAAGCAACCCUGCUACAUUUUCCUUGAUCCUUUGCCCUGAGGAAGUUGAGAGCACCUCAAUUUUCAAAGAAGUGGCCAUUUGGGAUGCUCAGGAAAUAGUUGAUUUCAGGUUAGUUCCCCAGCUGUACCAGUCAGAAACUAGGAAGUUUCUGCCACCAAAUUUGAAGUUCUGUGCAGCAUUCAGUGACUUGCUGCUUACAGAUAGGCAGUUUCUGCAGUUGAGAAUUCCUUCUUGGAGGUGCACAGACACAGUAUUUUUGCAUUGUGGUGGCAAGCUGCAACCCGUUAGCUAUACAUUGGUUGAUAUAUUGUGGCCUGCAAGAAAGAAGACUGCUAUGUAAGCGGCUAGAUGACACUUGGAAAAAAUUGUGUGUAAGAGAGAUUGCUAAUAGGUACUCCUCCAUUCUGAACUCCUUAAGGGCUUAGGGUAUUUUUAUAGUGUCUAAAAGCCUAAAUGCUGUACAUAAAACAGGUAAAAAGAGUUUGCUUGCAAAGUUACAGUAUAAAAUAUUGAGGGGAAGGGAACUGCUAUAUAAACAGCCAUCCUUAGGGUUUCACAUUCUGUCAUGCUGACCAACUGUCCUUCAAAUCCUGUCUACUUGAUGUGAACUGCUAAAUGUAUUUUGCAAGAAUCCCAGGUUGUCAAGGCUGGUUCAAGCUAGGAGGACCAGUCAUUUCAAACACCAGAUUCUGGAGCAUAUAGGUCUCAAGAUGGGGAUAGAGUGUGGGUCAUUUUGAUGAUACUGAUGAUACUGCUGCUUGUGUUCAGCUCUUACUGGGCUGCAUGUUACUGGUGUAACAUUGGUUAAAAUUCAUUCAGUUCAGAAACUCAUUUAAGAACAGUGGUCAUAAUCUCAGUGUUCCGGGCAUUCCAAGAAUUCUUUUGCCAAUUUUCAGUGGAGCUCCUCAAGUGCUCUGUUGAAGCUUAAUCCCAUGAACAAAUGAAAUUGUGGAAGAUUGCUCCUGAAAUUGCUGUUCAAAUAAAAUACAUGGCUCUUUUCUUUAGAAGCAGCCUACAUUUCCACUUGCUGUAGUUCAGUAUGGAGGAAAACCUAACUGAGAACCACAAUGUUGUAUCUGAAAAAAGAGAUGUGCCUACCAUCUGCAACCUCUUCCUUAUUCUAACACAAAUAAAGCCUUCCCUUGGGUGUUUGGCUUGUUUUAUUCAUUUUUUGAAUCAUUUUUUAAAACAAAAAUUAUCCUCUGGCUAGAUGAGGAAUAGCCUCCCCUGCUGUUUAUUGACUGUAAGGAUGUAGAAAACUGGAUUGUGUUAAAACCUCUGACAGUUGAACAAAGGGUUUGUUCAUUAAGACUUCCCUGAUAAUUACGGCAACCUUGGACUGGAACACAAUGCACUGUUAGAAUUCGUUUGCUACCUAAAUGCAUAUUUUGAAUACUGGCAGGAGCUACAGCCUGCCUGCAUUAAAUCUGAAGGGACAGCUGCAUGGGCAAGGGAGGGAGGGAGGGAGAGUGGUGUGUUGCAAGAUAUUGUCAGGAACAGAUAGGAUUUCAGCUACUUUAGGUUUAGUGGUAGUUCUCUGCAGCUUCAACAAAAUGUGUGUUUUGUAGUUCAGUAUUGAAGCAACCAAGUUUCUGCUUCUGGAAUUGAGGAAAUCAAAACCUGGGGCUAUUAUUCAUAAUGGGAUUGGGAUUGGAACUGUUGUGUAGGCUGGGAUUUUUGUUUUGUUUGGAGGGUGGGGUGGGGGAGUUAUUAGUGCACCAUGGUACACCUAAGAGAAUGUUGAGAUUCCCUUGCAGUCAGCAUUCUCUCCCAUCCCACCUUUCUUCUGGCUAUGCUGUUUCCAAAGCUUCCCAGAUUAGUUUCAUGCUAUUUAAGCUGUUUGUGUCCUGUGCUUUUUGUGUGGUGUUCCCAUCCACCCACCCGUAUUUUUGUUCCUUUUUUCCUCUGUUACAGUUUAGAAAGCGCUAAACCCUCCUCCCAGGCAGCCUCCGUCACGAUCCCCGACCACCUCAGCAUCAACCUCUCUCAACCCUCCACCCCUUCUUCUUCUUCCUCCUCCACCACCACCCCCUCGCUUGCGACAGCGGGGGUCUCCGACGCACCCUCCAGCCUCCCCAACCCUCUUCCGACCGCCCCCUGUGUCUCCAGUCUGCUUGGCAUGAAACCCGUCCCUCUCCUGGCUCUAAAUGUUGUGUCUGCUGCUAAGGGUGCCUCCACCACCUCAGCUGUGCCAUGUGUUACUAACAAACUGAAAACGGAAAAACAGAGAUUCUCUCCUUACUGAGUGUCUGCUUGUGGCCUUAGAGGAACAGCAGAUUGCUUUUCAGCAAUGGGGAUCCCAUAGAGGAGACUUGGAAGAGCUUUUUUAAAAACUUCAAAAGAAAAGUGAGCUUUGUGAUUCCUUUAGGAUGGAGUUUCUUUUUGCUGGCAACCUCCACUAGGUCAAAGACAAUUGAGCAAGUGUAUUAAUCAGUUUGAGUCCAGUAGUGAUCUUGAUUAUGUAGCUUGUAGCUGUUGCUUUAGUAGUUUUGUUUGCAUUGUUACAUGGAAUAAGGUGGGUGGGGAGGGAGCUGGGUGGGCAGGGAAUGCUAGGGUCCGUUAACAAGAUAACUCACUUGCAAUUCCUUGGUUUAAGCUGUGCAAAGAGGCUACUUUGGCCAAACCUGUCUCAAUGUCUGUCCUUUGUAAUAAAGCUGUCAUGGUGAGAACAUGCACAGAUGUGCCUGAAUUGGGACCGAACUCUGACCACAAGCCGGUUGAAUCUGACAUUGCACCCCCAGGCUAAACUCUUUUUUUUUUUUUUGAAAACUAUCUACACUACUGCACUGCACUAACACCAUUAUUAAGUAUAUAAACUUCCUUAUGGAGGCUCUGAUACCUAACACACAAUUGUGAGGGUGUGAGCUGUAAUGGUGCUGGGGGCGGGUUCAGACCCUGAAUACUAUUCCUGCUCUUGUACAAACUGCCACUUGCCAGUGUACACAACUCACCUGCUCAGUAGAAAAAGUAAAAUUCUUUGUGUGCACACCCUUCCCAUGUAAAAAACUGCAGCAGACCUUUGAAAACUUGGGAGAUUCUGAUACCCAUCUUUCUCCACACCCAAGACUUUUAUUAGCCACUUAAGAGAGUGAGAGAACCUGGAGCAACAUACACACUGUAAUGAACAGCUGUGACAAUGCUGCAGGUGUUGCUUUCCUUUAUGGCAUCUUCUAAAAUAGCACUUGAAACCUGUUCUGCUUUCUGAUACUUAGUCCUUAGAGGUGGAUAUUUCAGACACCUAUAGAUGUGGUUUUAGAAGCCCCUGUCUCCUGAUGGCAAAAUAGGCCAUCUGAAUGGAUGUUCCCUCCCUGGUGCAUGUAUUCUGUAUUGAGAGGUGAUAAUCUGUAGAGGCUGGGCAGUUGGCUUCACUUGUUCUGGUCUUUCAACUUGGGCUUUUGAGGCCAGCAGCUGCCUGUUUCCUCCACUAAAGGCUAUUUAAAAGCCGUGUGGGAAAACCGGGCAGACAAAACAGAUAAUGCAGCAGGAUGACGUGCUGUUGUGUUGAGCAUAGUACGUGCUCAUUCUUUCUGUCUGCACCUAAAUUCACUUGAUCUUUAGCCUGGGGUUGUCACAUGAACACUACAGACACUUCCUUUUUUUUUGAGCUCUCUUAGACUUUCCAAAAACAUAAUAAUUCAGGCAACAUUGAAUAAGAAACGGUGACAGCUGGAACUGCUAAGAAUCUUGUGUUAUCCUUUGUAUUAAAAGAAAGUUACUAGAACAAGUUUGAAAUGAUGACUGAUGGCUUGAUUCUGGGGCUGCACUAGUUAACUCUUUGCAUCCAGGGAGCUGGGAGGGCCUGGCCUUACCCUAUCAUAGGGGGCGGGGAGGCCAUCAACUGGCUGACUUAAUGCAGUUCUGUCAAACCCUUUUUCCUUGAGUAGCAGAAGUCUUUUUUAGUACUUUGUUUCUGCAGUUUGACUUUCACAAUUGUAACUUUUUUUAAAAAAAACUGUUCUGCUCUGUAGUGUAACCACAUAAAGUAAAAAUUGUCCACUCUUAACCAAGUUUUCGGGCUGGCCGUCUUGUUUUAUAGUGUUCUGUAGAGGCUGACUUAAUGGGCUUUAAUUUGUUCUCGACUAGCAAGUCUGGUUAUGUGUUGUCCAAAAGUUAUUUGUUCAUGCAGCACUACCACUAGCCAAUGGUGUUGACGAUAUGGAGCUCCAAGUGGUGGGAAAUUGAGAUCAGAGCUUCGUUCAUGUUCCCUUUUUCUAUCCAGCUGGCAUCCAUGUGGGCCUGUAAUAACCUUUAAUGUCUAUUAGCUCUAUGUUGAGGUAGGCAAAAGGUGUUCCACUGUCAAAUUUUAUUAUAGCAGAGGUACACUAAGCAUAUAUUACUGAACUGGUUUCCCAAGAAUCCUAUGAAUGGUGUGUCCACUCUUGACAUCUUUUAGAAUCUUGCCCUUUCCUCCCAUAAAUUUUCACUCCCAUGUGCAAGUGGUUGCUGGGGGAUAUUGCAGAGCCCUUUCAGAGAAAUGCAAAUAAGUUGAUCUCCAGCAGAGACUCAUUCAGUGAGCCUCUGAAACAAGCUGCUCUCUGUGUCAACCUGAUUACUUUUGUAGCCUCAUCCAUGGGUUCAUGACUUGUCCAUUUCUUGCAGCAGAAAUCUUCUGUUAUAACUUGAUUUGCUAGUAUCUUGCUUCAAGACACGUCAAGUAAACACUAUUUGCAGACACAAUGUUGGGCUCUAUGUGUUCGCUUUCUAGUGCUCCCAGUAAAAUUGUCAUUCUAAAAGAACCUUAUGUAAAUUUCUCCCGGAUUGGCAGAAUUUAUGCCCUUACCCCAAGAUACCCCUUCACAGUGAGGACCAACAGCAAAGGUUUGGUUACCUUAUCUAGUUGAGAGAUGUUGACCAUAUGCCAUCACAGCACACAACGCACAUGCUUCUCUGCCCUGAAAUGGGCAGAAUUGGCAUUGAGGAAAGGUUGUUUUCUUCCAACUCCACUUAACAAACCCCCUUCCUCCUGUUCUUUACAGGCAAGGGGUCAGAGAAUCUAUAUAACUCUGGUCAUGCUGCUAAAAGCCAGACAAUACAAAUGCACAAAUGCUGGUUCAUGGGGAAUAGAGUACCACACCUUUUCUCUUAAUUUGAGGAAAGCAUUUUUGCUCACGCAUUUCUGCAGUUUUUGCAAAACUACACUAUGAGGAUAUGUGUGGGGUGGUGAGAUGGGCCAUCCUGCAGACUCCCUUCCCAGUUCUAGAAGAACAGCGUACAAGCCAAACUGCAGCACAACAAACUGCACAAACUUUUCCCACCAUAAGCUAUUCUUAUUGCACCCUUGAAUGGUUCUACCCUGCCCAUUGGACUGUCAAUUUCAGCUCUUUGGGGCUUCUUGGUAGUCCUUCACAUUCUAAAAGAAGCAGAAGAAUAUUUAAAUGAUCCGGCCACAUGGGCAGGGUCUGAUCAUGAGGGUCUUUCACACCGAUAGUGGCACAAUCCUUUGGGAAAGACCUGCACAGUUUGGCUGCACCCCUGGGGUUGGAUCAUCUUAAAUAUUCUCCCAGCAGUGGAGGAGCUGCUUGUGGAUGCACACACCUUGCAGAGCUAGGAGAACCUAUAGAAAGGGCAGCUAGUUUGCCUUGGAACAUAAAAGGUAAGUUUCGCAUAGCUUGGCUCCACCUCUUGGAUAAGAUCUCAAGUUCUUGGAUAACUUGAAUUGGUUGAAUUGUAGUUGGGCCUUGAAUGUUAUUGAACGUUGGUUUCUGUAGGCCCUUGUGGGGUCAGCUUGCAACAGUCCAAAUGUGGGAAGGGGUGCUAGUGGAAGUCCUCCUUUAAAGAACCUUGUGUAUCAGGGAUUUAUGCAGUCCCCUCCCCCUGCCCAUCCUCCCAUCAGCAAUGGACAAAAAUGUGCCUUUGUGUUAAUACUGGAGUAGCAAAUUGCGGAAGCACUGCUUAUUUAAAGCCUCGUGAGCAGUGAACUCAUCUGAUCAGAGUGACGUGGCUUAGAAUAUGGUAAAACUUCAUAGGCUGAAUAAAAUAACAGCGGCUUUGGGCUUUAAGCAUCAGGCAACUGUAAAAGUUGUCUGAUUUAUAAAUUGAACCAUUUCUGGCUUGCCUUUUUUAUUAUCUGACUCUGGUUAAUUCUUUCCUUGCCUGCUAACUAUGGAACUUAAUUGCCUAACCAUGCAUAUGUUUUGGUGGCUUCCUUCAAGAACAAGACACUCAGACACACAAGGCAAACUGAGCUACAGCUUGCAUGCUAGCAGCAACAGAGGCCACUAUGGUGUGCCUACUCCUAACAAUGCUCUGAGUGAGAGGAGAUCUGGUGACUGCCUGGCCCAGCAGGAAAGCAACAUUCAGGAGCCACUGAACAUUUAGGACCAUCUAAAAUUUACUGCAGCCGCACACACUUUGAGGAUAAUAUAUUCCUUCUGGGCAUCUUAAAUGACAAAGGGGCCUUCCGGCCCACUGCUAAUCUACAGCUGCUUCUAUAUUGCCUGGCAUGGUGUGGGCUACGCGGGGCAUUGGUCUGUGAGUGAUGUGGGAACCAAAGGGUUUUGUUCUGGCUUUUGAUUAUAUCAUACGUUUGGGGUUUAAAAUAUUUGUAGUACGACUGGGUAGGAUUUUGUCAUAACAGAAUUUUUAAAAAAGGCCUUUAACCUUUGUUCUCGUUGUAGGCUUUCUUCGGAGACUGGUGGAAUGGGAAGCAGCUAG